AUGGCGCAGCAAGGAGCUCAGCUGGACGGAGCUAAAUUCUGCUGUUCCAUCUGUUUGGAUCUACUGAAGGAUCCGGUGACUAUUCCCUGUGGACACAGCUACUGCAUGAGCUGUAUUAACAACUUCUGGGAUGAAGAGGAUAAGAAGGAAAUCUACAGCUGUCCUCAGUGCAGACAGACCUUCACACCGAGGCCUGUCCUGGUAAAAAGCACCAUGUUAGCAGAUUUAGUGGAGGAGCUGAAGAAGACUGGACUCCAAGCUGCUGCUGCUGAUCUCUGCUAUGCUGGACCUGAAGAUGUGGCCUGUGAUGUCUGCACUGGGAGGAAACUGAAAGCCUUCAAGUCCUGUCUGACUUGUCCAGCAUCUUACUGUGAGAAACACCUUCAGCUUCACUAUAAUGUAGCUCCACUGAAGAAACACAAGCUGGUCGAUCCCUCCAAGAAGCUCCAGGAGAACAUCUGCUCUCGUCAUGAUGAGGUGAUGAAGAUGUUCUGUCGUACUGAUCAGCAGAUUAUCUGUUAUCUCUGCCCUGUGGAUGAACAUAAAGGCCACGACACAGUCUCUGCUGCAGUAGAAAGGACUGAGAGGCAGAGAGAGCUCGAGGUGAGUCGACUAAACAUCCAGCAAAGAAUCCAGGACAGAGAGAAAGAUGUGAAGCUGCUUCAACAGGAGGUGGAGGCUGUCAGUCGCUCUGCUGAUAAAGCAGUGGAGGACAGUGAGAAGAUCUUCACUGAGCUGAUCCGUCUCCUCCAGAAAAGAAGCUCUGAUGUGAAGCAGCAGACCAGAUCCCAGCAGGGAACUGAAGUGAGUCGAGUCAAAGAGCUUCAGGAGAAGCUGCAGCAGGAGAUCACUGAGCUGAAGAGGAAAGACGCUGAACUGAAGCAGCUCUCACACACAGAGGAUCACAACCAGUUUCUACACAACUACCCCUCAGUGUCACAACUCAGUGAACCUACAGACUCAUCCAGCAUCAAUAUCCGUCCUCUGAGAUACUUUGAGGAUGUGACAGCAGCUGUGUCAGAGCUCAGAGAUAAACUACAGGACAUCCUGAAGGAGGAAUGGACAAACAUCUCACUGACAGUGACUGAAGUGGACGUUUUACUGUCAGAACCAGAACCCAAGACCAGAACUGAUUUCUUAAGAUAUUCACAUGAAAUCACUCUGGAUCCAAACACAGCACACACACAUCUGUUAUUAUCUGAUGGGAACAGAAAAGCAACAUUCUCGAGUCAACAACAGUCUUAUUCUAGUCAUCCAGACAGAUUCAGUGAAUGGGCUCAGGUCCUGAGUAGAGAGAGUCUGACUGGACGUUGUUACUGGGAGGUGGAGUGGAGCGGGAAAAGAGUUUAUGUAGCAGUCGCAUACAAGAAUAUCAGCAGAGCAGGAAGUUCAAAUGAAUGUUUAUUUGGAUACAAUGACAAAUCUUGGGCUUUACAUUAUAACAGUAACAGUUAUGAAUUCUGGUUCAACAACAUCUCAACUACCGUCUCAGGUCCUCGUUCCUCCAGAGUCGGAGUGUACCUGGAUCACAGAGCAGGUAUUCUGUCCUUCUACAGCGUCUCUGAAACAAUGACUCUCCUCCACAGAGUCCAGACCACAUUCACUCAGCCUCUCUAUGCUGGACUUUGGCUUGGUAAUCAUAUUUAUGGAGACACAGCUGAGUUGUGUAAAAAAGUGAAACUCAGACAGUCAUUGUUACUGAGAGGUGAAAUGGCGCAGCAAGGAGCUCAGCUGGACGGAGCUAAAUUCUGCUGUUCCAUCUGUUUGGAUCUACUGAAGGAUCCGGUGACUAUUCCCUGUGGACACAGCUACUGCAUGAGCUGUAUUAACAACUUCUGGGAUGAAGAGGAUAAGAAGGAAAUCUACAGCUGUCCUCAGUGCAGACAGACCUUCACACCGAGACCUGUCCUGGUAAAAAGCACCAUGUUAGCAGAUAUAGUGGAGGAGCUGAAGAAGACUGGACUCCAAGCUGCUGCUGCUGAUCUCUGCUAUGCUGGACCUGAAGAUGUGGCCUGUGAUGUCUGCACUGGGAGGAAGCUGAAAGCCUUCAAGUCCUGUCUGCAGUGUCUCAUCUCUUACUGUGAGAAUCACCUCCAGCCUCACUUUGAAUCAACCAAAUUAAAGAAACACAAGUUGGUCGACCCCUCGGAGACGCUCCAGGAGAACAUCUGCUCUCAUCAUGAUGAGGUGAUGAAGAUGUUCUGUCGGACUGAUCAGCAGAUUAUCUGUUAUCUCUGCCCUGUGGAUGAACAUAAAGGCCAUGACACAGUCUCAGCUGCAGUAGAAAGGACUGAGAGGCAGAGAGAGCUCGAGGUGAGUCGACUAAACAUCCAGCAGAGAAUCCAGGACAGAGAGAAAGAUGUGAAGCUGCUUCAACAGGAGGUGGAGGCCGUCAGUCGGUCUGCUGAUAAAGCAGUGGAGGACAGUGAGAAGAUCUUCACUGAGCUGAUCCGUCUCCUCCAGAAAAGAAGCUCUGAUGUGAAGCAGCAGAUCAGAUCCCAGCAGGAAACUGAAGUGAGUGGAGUCAAAGAGCUUCAGGAGAAGCUGCAGCAGGAGAUCACUGAGCUGAAGAGGAAAGACGCUGAACUGAAGCAGCUCUCACACACAGAGGAUCACAACCAGUUUCUACACAACUACCCCUCAGUGUCACAACUCAGUGAACCUACAGACUCAUCCAGCAUCAAUAUCCGUCCUCUGAGAUACUUUGAGGAUGUGACAGCAGCUGUGUCAGAGCUCAGAGAUAAACUACAGGACAUCCUGAAGGAGGAAUGGACAAACAUCUCACUGACAGUGACUGAAGUGGACGUUUUACUGUCAGAUUCAAAAUCAGAGCCCAAGACCAGAGCUGGAUUCUUGAGAUAUUCACAUGAAAUCACUCUGGAUCCAAACACAGCACACAUAAAUCUGUUAUUAUCUGAUGGGAACAGAAAAGCAGAACUAACAAAACAACAACAGUCUUAUUCUAGUCAUCCAGACAGAUUCACUAAUCAGUGGCAGGUCCUGAGUAGAGAGAGUCUGACUGGACGUUGUUACUGGGAGGUGGAGUGGAGCGGGACAGCAGUUCGUGUAGCAGUCGCAUACAAGAAUAUCAGCAGAACAGGAAGUACAAAUGAAUGUAAAUUUGGAUGUAAUAACAAAUCUUGGGCUUUAUAUUAUUACAAUAACAGUUAUGCAUUCUGGUUCAACAACAUCUCAACUCCCGUCUCAGGUCCUGUUUCCUCCAGAGUCGGAGUGUACCUGGAUCACAGAGCAGGUAUUCUGUCCUUCUACAGCGUCUCUGAAACCAUGACUCUCCUCCACAGAGUCCAGACCACAUUCACUCAGCCUCUCUAUGCUGGAGUUUCGCCUUAUUAUGCUUAUGGAGACACAGCUGAGUUGUGUAAAGUGAAAUAGUCAGAAGUCAUUUGAGGGACAGUCAGUUAUUUA